ACUGGAGAAUUCUAGAUGACUGUUUUUCCAUGCCUGUAGACACUCAGCAGAUGACAAUUCAGUUCUUAUCACGCCAUCAGAAAGCGAGCGAGAGCCCAAUAGACUAUCUCCAUUCCCUGCAGCAAGUCGCAGUGCAGGCAUUCCCUCGGUUAGAUAUGAUAGGACGAGAGGAACUAAUACGCUCACGUUUUGUCGAGGGUCUGUUACCUGGACCACUCAAAGAACAUUUUCUUCGAAAUCCGCCAGCUGAUACAUCUGAAGUAAAAAGAACAACAUUACGUUUCCUGGCCGCUGACAAAUUAGUGAAUUCAGCCAGUGCACAUUCAUCAUCAGUAACGACGGUUGAACGAGCUACAAAACCUAGUGGCCCGGACACCUGCCAGACUACAGUGGCUGUGACCGACCUUCCCGGCCGAGGUGUUAUCCACAGACAAUCUAAUUCGAGGUGGAAUAAACAACCAGCAUGGGGAAACUACAAUGGGCGUCAGGCUGGCUGUAUAUAUUGCAAACGGUUUGGCAGGAACGCCAGAAGAUGUGGUCACAAUCGCCCCCGUAAACCAGAGCAAGCAAGAAUAAACGCCUUAGAAGAAGAAGAGCAAGCCCUACACGCACUAAACUUACAGGACGACUCAUAAGACCGUUUUGUAAACUAGCUCUCUUUCUGUACAGAACCCGCGAAAUUUAAUUUUGAAAUAAACGACUGUUGGUCUUCGUUCCGCGUUCUCUCUGUGGUGUGAAGUGUUCAGUUAACAUUGUGUGUGUUGUGGCUUUAGGUCUUCCCGCCUUCCGGUGGCUGUUGAUUAC